AUUAUAAAAACCAACAAAAUAACAACGUUUAUUACUUAGAAUACAAUCUGAUCUCAUGGCAAGCUCUCAACCAUAUGUAUCUAUCAAAAGCCAAUGUUCACACGUCUGUGAAUAAGGUCAUCGGCAAAUUAGGUUCUGGAAUAACAAGCUAUAAAUGGCUGUCGAAGCGAGUCACAAGAAAGUCAACUUCACUGCCUCCACCACAUGCGAGAAAACAACUAGUCUAGAGAACCACAUGUUGGCCAACGACAAACUAGUUUUACAACAGAAUGGAAUCGCCGCAAGAAUUAACACUGACCUGUUGGUCUUCAAGUAUUUUUAUUUCUUAUUUUACGGUGCUGUUGGAACCACCUUUCCAUUCAUGGGGCAAUAUUUUCGUCAGAUUGGACUCUCCGAUGGACAGGUUAUGGCGUUAAAUGGUGUCCGCCCGACUAUCCAGCUACUGUUUUGUCCCUUGUGGGGAGUUCUCGGUGAUCGAUACAUACCUAAAAAGAUGCUGGUCCAGUUUUCUUUAUUAAUAUGGCUUAUCAUGACUAUCUCGAUGGCGUUUCUCGAACCAACAGAUCAAGUCUGCCAGUUUGUACGAAUAAAUCAAACCCAGACGUCAGUUAUAAAUUCCACUACUAUGAAAACGGGAUUCUUCAGAAAAAGGCGUUCGGAUAUAGAAAUAGAACAAAUCCCAUUACCAAAAACUGAAGUGCUCGCGUCGGGAGCUGGAGAAAUUGCGAAUCAAGAAGAAGCUCAGAUAUCUGGGAGUGGAUCUAUAACAGAGACAGAAAAAGAAUCAAACACUAUAGAGACAAAACAAGAGCGCCCAAUAACUGAAAAAACUUCAAUAGAAAAAACGAACUCAAGAAAGGAUUCUGAGAUUAAAAUCCAAAAACGAAACGAGCUACGGCAAAGCCCAGAGACUUUGAACCAGAUAUUUCUAACAGCUCUUUUUAUCAUUCUUAUUAUCGAACUGUUCGCUUGUCCUCUUCUUGUUCUUGUGGACGCUGUUCUGUUAAGUAAACAAAAUGAAGAAAACUUCUCGUACGGACAGCAACGAGUAUUCGGUUCGUUGGGAUAUUUUACAUUCUUUCUCAUUGUCGGUGCUCUGCUGCAGAACUCUUUCCGUCAAGUUUGCGAUGACUACAACGCUGAUUUUGUGAUUUGCUUUUGCUUUUUUGCUUUGAUUACAAUUAUAACACUUGUUGGAACUGUGAAACUACCUUCCAUGAAACACAUGCAACUCCAUUCAGGAACAAGACCUUCGCGUAGACUUAUUUCUAUAUUCUACAAUAGACAUUAUGUGACACUUGCCUUGUACAUUAUCAUGAUGGGUUUUGCUCACUCCUUAUUGGAAAAUUACUUCAACUCGAUUCUGAUGAGCUCAGACGUUCCCUAUAGCUCGUCCAUGAUAAUAAACUUCUUUCGGUUUAUGGGAGAGCCAAUAGCAUUGUUUUUCAGCAGUAUGAUCCUAAACAGAGCAGGAAUCAUUAAUGUGCUGUUUGGUAUUCCUUUAGUGACGUCUUUGAAUUUGUUUUUGAGCUCAUUUGUGUCCAGUCAUUGGCACGUUAUUCCACUUGGGUUUCUGGACGGGUGGACUUAUGGGAUAUCAUGGGUGGCGUGUGCUACGUACCUGAUUGGAUCAGCCCCUGAUGACUGUACUGCAACUGUUCAAGGAUGCUUUCAAAGUGCUUACUGGGGACUCGGAAAUGGUUUCCACCUUUUGAUUGGCACCAGUCUCUUUGCAUUGAUUGGUCCUACUGCCUCUCUACGUCUCAUCACCAUAGUAGCACUCGGUACAACAGUCAUCUUUACAUUUGGUCUACGAGAUCUUCACUUCAGUGAGCGAAAUUAUUACACAGUUCUAACAAGCAAAUUCGAGAGAUUAUUCGAAGGACGGGUAAAAUGCGAAGUUGUUCCUCCAUCAAAGGGCUGUGGUUACAAAACAAGCGAGUUGUCAUCGCUAAAGAAUGGAGAUUUUGAGAAGAAAGCAGGGAAGAAAAGUGUGGGCGCGAAGAAAGAGACCAAGAAAAUAGAAAAAGAACGCAAACUAGAUAAUUUAUGAAUACAGAGAAAUCUCAUAACGGUUAUUUUAACGAUCUCAGGAUCUAAUGCGCUAUGAUAACCAUUUUUCAAUGCUAGACAUUAUUGUGUGUCAUUAGCGAUCCCAUACAAAAGCGUAUGUUGUUGGUUAUUGCGUGCGACUUCAAUGCAUUUAUAGCCAGUGCAGCAACAAGUUGGUUGCCAGUUGGCUGGCAAGAUGUAGUUGGAAGGCUGGUUGGUUUUGUAUUUAUGGGUAUUUAAGGGUUUGGUUAGUUUUUUUGUUUUUUUUUCUCAAUGCCUGACAUAUAUAUUGCCUUAUUUUACUUUCUGUGAACGUUUGUGACCAGCUGGCGGUAUUUGAUACUAAUCAUAUACUCCUUGAUGACCAACCAUCAGAGUAAUGGCCUCAGUUCUUUGCACCGAGACCGGCCACUCUUAGUCCGAAUUGUGUUCGAUCGCUUAUCAUCAGUGACCAAAAUUCCAUCGUGAUAACGUUGUGUUAUUUAAGUCAGCUGCUUUCAAAACCAUACAAGCUUGUAAACAUCAGUUGUCGCCUUUUUCACAAACCUGGCUACAUGGUUGUGUUUUAUUGAUAACAUGGUACGAGGAUGAGGUCAUUAUACCAGUGACCAUGCAUGCUCUAGCAGCCUUCAAUGUCACAACUAAUAAACCAAGCUUUACAGAUGAUUCAAUAAAGCGUUUUCACACUCA